AAGGUUCAUCAUUCCCCGGGAUGUUGCAGCAAACUCAUUCAGUUAGAUUUGAGUUAUUGUGAAAACCUUAAGAGGUUUCCAUGUUUUAACGUGGAAUCUCUUGAAUAUCUGGAUUUCGAAUUUUGCUAUAUGUUAGAGAAAUUUCCAGAAAUUCACGGGAGAAUGAAGCCGGAGAUAAAGGAACGACCAUCCUCUAUUACUCAGUACCAAACACAUAUUACCAAGCUAGAUUUGAGCGGUAUGAGAAGCCUUGUAGCUCUUCCAAGCAGCAUCUAUAAGUUGAAAAGUUUGGUUUUUCUAAAUGUGUCGAAGUGCUCAAAACUGGAAAGCUUGCCAGAAGAGAUAGCGGAUUUACACAACUUGGAGGAGCUUCAUGCCAUUGAUACUCUAAUUUCACGACCUCCGUCAUCCAUCGUACGCUUGGACAAACUUAAAAUCUUGAUGUUUGGAGGCUUCAAAGAUGGAGUACACUUUGAGUUCCCUCCAAUGGCUGAAGGAUUACGGUCAUUGGAACAUCUGGAUCUCAUUGCAAUCUAAUAGAUGGAGGACUUCCGGAAGAUAUUGGAUCCUUAUCCUCUUUGAAAAAGUUGGAGCUUCGUGGAAAUAAUUAUGAGCAUUUGCCUCGAAGCAUAGCCCAACUUGGUGCUCUUCGAUACUUGGGCUUAUCAUAUUGCGAGAGGCUUACACAGCUACCAGAACUUCCCCCUGAAUUAAAUGAAUUGCGUGUAGAUUGUCAUAUGGCUAUGAAAAGUAUCCAUGAUUUAGUAACAAAAAGAAAGAAACUACAGAGGGUGAAACUUGGUGCACACAAUGAUUCUAUGUAUAAUUUGUUUGCACAUGCCCUAUUUCAGAAUAUAUCUUCCUUGAGGCAUGACAUCUCUGCUUCAGAUUCCUUGUCCGAUAGUGUGUUUACCAUUGUGCAUCCUUGGAAUAAUAUCCCAAGUUGGUUCCUCUAUAAGGGAAGGGAUAGUAGUGUAUCAGUCAAUUUGCCUGAAAAUUGGUAUAUACCUCAUAAAUUCUUGGGAUUUGCUGUAUGUUACUGUGGCAGCUUAAUUGACACCACAGCUCAAUUGAUUCCCGUAUCUGAUGACGGGAUGUCGUGCAUGACCCAGAAACUUGCAUUGUCCAGCCAUUCAGAAUGUGAUACAGCAGAAUGGGAUACAGAAGAUGACAUUAAUUUUUUCUUGGUUGAUGGCUUAUGGAAUACAUCUAAAGCAAAUGGAAAAACACCAAAUGACUAUGGGAUUAUUAGGCUAUCUUUUUCUGGAGAAACGAAGGAGUAUGGAGUUCGUUUGUUGUAUAAAGAAGAAGCUGAGGUUGAGGCCUUGCCGCAAAUGAGGGAAAAUAACAAUGACUCCGUGACCCAUGAAUCCAGUUGUUGUUGCUGUCGCUGUCGCAUACUUUAAUAACAUUAGAAACAAAGGUCACAUUCUAAUGAAAGUAAGUUGCAAGUAUGGAAUCCCUUUGCUCUAAAGCCGGUGGCAUUGCCAAUGAAGAGCAUAUGUUUCCUUUGUUUGUAGCAGAAAAACUGGACUCUUGGCCUGAGAAAGAGAUUCGCUAGAGAACUUACUUGGGUAGACUUUCAAAAACCAAUUGCAGAUGAAUGUUCGCGAAGCAAGAAAGCUGUGCCAAAAUGGAUGGAUGAAAACAGCCUUGGAACUGUUAUUCCUUUGGGAUGUAGAGCUCAACUAGUCUUGUAUUCUCUCCAUCAGAAACUGAUGUUCACUUUUCACUUGCAAAAUAAUUUUCAUUUU